UGCUGAUAAGGGCGUGUGCGUAGAGGACGACCAAGCAAGCACAUCAGCUCUGUCGGCAUUGAGGAAUUGACCUCAGGGAGCGGCGGCAUUAAGUAGACUUUCCACAAAAGACAAUCUCACAGGGUGUUUAUUUCUGGGUAAAAUCGGUUUUUAUUCACUAGCCAUGAAGUUAUUGUGGGCUGUCGCUGCCCUGCUUUUGAGCUGUUGGCGAGCCGACGCUUCUACAGCGGGUUUUAUAAUAUCCCCUCUCUCCAAAAUGAAGCUCAUCAAUGACAGUGUUGAGCUGCACUGUGAAGUAAUAGGGAACCCCAUUCCUGAGGUGCAGUGGUGGUUUAUAGAGGGCGAGGAGUCCAGCGAGACAUUCACCCAGCUGUUUGAUGGGGCACGGAAUGAACGUGUCAGAGUAAAUGCCACAUACAUAGAACAUGCCACCAGCACCAUUCACCUCCUCAGCCUCACUCUUGAUGACACAGGCACAUAUGAGUGCCGUGCUUCCAACGACCCUGACCGCAAUGAUCUGAAGAAGACUCCCAAAAUCAAGUGGAUCCGCUCGCAGGCAAACAUAAUUGUGAUUGAAAGCCCCAAAAUCACUGCAGAUCCCACUGAGGUUGUCAACCAAACAUCUGCCAUUCUGAGAUGCAACUUGACUGAGAGUAACCUUAGCAGUAAGGGUUCCUACUGGACUCUCAAUGGCAAAGUCAUUGAGGACACAAAGUCUGAUGUGAACAAGUACCAUGCUCAGUUGAGUUUGGAAAAAAUAACCCAUGCAGAGUCUGGACCCUAUGAAUGUGUUUUCGAUACAGAGCCACAAGUAAAGCAGACCAUUGAAGUGAAAGUACUUCCUUCUGUUGGAGCCUAUAAGCACUCUGAACACGGGAAUGAGAAUGACAAAGUAGUGCUCAAAUGUGUGGCUCAUGGUUACCCCCUUCCCACUGACUGGGUGUGGUUCAAAGAGGAUGCAGAGGAUGGUCGUGAAAUGCCCAUCUCCAACUUCACUAAUGAAAGAUACAAUAUCAAGAGUACCCCCAACCAGACCCUCCUGACCAUUGAUGAACUGGACAUGGAGGGCGACAGUGGAAACUACAUUUGCUCUGGUACCAAUGAACUCGGCACUAAUACCGACAAGAUAAAGCUGCGUGUACGGAGUCGCCUGGCUGCUCUCUGGCCCUUCCUCGGCAUUGUGGCAGAGGUCAUCAUCCUUGUUACAAUCAUCUUCAUCUAUGAAAAGAGGAGAAAGCCUGAUGAGGUCAACGAUGACGAUGACGUAGGAUCUGCUCCUCUGAAGAGCAAUUCCACUUCAAACCACAAGGACAAGAAUGUGAGGCAAAGGAAUUCCAACUAAAAACAGCAGGAGAUGGAUGUCCAGUUGGCACCCCAGGAUUUAUGUGUGGCACAUUAUAUUGUGCAAUCCCUCCAUUUUUUUAACUAGCUUUUGGUGUUUUUUUUUUUUUUUCUUCCCUCUUUGCAUCGUGCAGCCAGGAACAUGGUGUGAAACUCUCUGCUUGAGGCCCUGUGGCAAAUUUUGCAUGAGUUUAAAUGCUAUUCUAGCAAAGUGUGUGCUGUAAUAGGAAUGCAUAGUUUUGUAAAUUUCUUUUAUAAGCUGAUUCUUCUUGCUUUACAAUUGUCACUGUUUUUAUGAUUAACUGUUCGCAACAAGUUUUCUGUAAUACCUUUUUAACAAGAUUAUUGGUGGAAAAACAGUGCACUAGAUUUCAUGUAUGAGCUGUUGCAGCCCCUCAAGCUGUGGUUUGCAGAGUGUUUUACUUUGCCUUAAACUGCUUUUCAUGUCUUUUUUUGUUUUGUUUUUAACCUUGCCUCUUUUAAAAAAUACUU